AAUCGAGCAGAUGUGAGUUCAUAGUGGCUUGCACUCGUGCGGCAGCAGUGGAAAUGGAGAGGAGACAGACUGGGGAUACACGUUGAAAGCAGAGCUGAUAAGACUUGCUGACAUGGAGCUUGAAGGGAAGAAGAAGAUGCGGAUGACUUGUAAGACUGCCUGGAGCAACUAGGCGGAUGGUGGUGGUCGUGGUCGGCUUUCUAAUAUGGUGUGUGAACAGUACACUACAACCUCAGAGGGCACCCACAUAGACAGGCCAGAGAACCAGCAUGUCUACAAAAUUGGCAUUUAUGGCUGGAGAAAGCGUUGCCUCUACUUAUUUGUUCUUCUUUUACUCAUCAUCCUCCUUGUGAAUUUUGCUCUUACAAUUUGGAUUCUUAAAGUGAUGUGGUUUUCCCCAACAGGAAUGGGUCACUUGCGUGUGAUGAAAGAUGGACUUCGCCUGGAAGGGGAAUCAGAAUUUUUAUUCCCAUUGUAUGUCAAAGAAAUACACUCCAGAGUGGACUCAUCUCUGCUUCUGCAGUCAACUCAGAACGUGACUGUAAACGCACGCAACUCUGAAGAAGAGGUCACAGGCAGAUUAAAAGUGGGUCCCAAAAUGGUAGAGGUCCAGAGUCAACAGUUUCAGAUCAACACCAGGGAUGGCAAGCCGCUGUUUACUGUUGAUGAAAAGGAAGUUGUGGUUGGUACAGAUAAACUUCGAGUUACUGGGCCUGAAGGGGCUCUUUUUGAACAUUCAGUGGAGACGCCCCUUGUAAGCGCCGACCCAUUUCAAGACCUGAGAUUAGAAUCCCCCACGCGGAGUCUAAGCAUGGACGCCCCAAAGGGCGUUCAUGUUAAAGCUCAUGCUGGGACAAUCGAGGCCCUUUCUCAAAUGGAUAUCAUUUUUCAUAGUAGUGAUGGAACGCUGGCGCUUGAUGCUGAAACUGUGUGUUUACCCAAGUUGGUUCAGGGGACUGGGGGUCCCGCUGUCAGCUCACAAAGACUCUAUGAAAUUUGUGUGUGUCCAGACGGGAAGCUUUACCUGUCUGUGGCUGGCACGGGUACCACGUGCCAUGAAAACAGCCACGUCUGUCUCUAAGCCACCUGCACCUCCCACGGAGCACCUGCCUCAUUUCCGUGAGCUUUAAAUGCUGACCUCAAGCCUUCACACUUAGAGCAAUUGGACAUCCUGUAAAACUGAGACAGCAGAUGGGAAGCAGAAAGACACACUUUCAAAAGGAACUCAGAAAGAAAAAUGUACCAGUGAAAGUGUUCAAAUGAAACUAUGUGAUCUCAAAAUGGCAUGUGGAUAUUAGACACAACAGUCAAAGAAAUAUCAAAAGAAUGUGAUUAUUCCACUGGAUUAACCUCCACCAGACCAUUGUGACUUUCCUUUUCCUUUCUUGUACAUGUCAAUCUACAAUGAACUAUUGAAUUGCUAUGUGGAAUUAAUUUAUGAUGCUCAACUGUGGAUAUCUAACUCCCCAUAAAAAUGGCAGUGGUCAAUCGUAAAAUGCCCAAAGGUCUAUGAGGUAUUUCCAUUAUAUCGCUCAAACCUAUAAGCCCUCUCUUCAUUUAAAUGCAAAGUGUGUCAGGUUUCACAGGAAAAGCUUCAGGUUUUGAAGGGACUUUGAGAUUUUCAAUAUGUAGUAACAGGAAUAAAUUAUACAAAAUUAUGAAAUUAUUCAUGCUUUCCUUAUAUAGUCAAUGAGCAAUAAAAAUCAACCUACAU